GUCAAGUCGCGUUUUGAGCAGGAUGAGAGCGGGACAUAACUUGAAUAGGAUGGUGCAAUGAUUUCAAUGGAACGGUGUGAUGACCAAGUCUUUGCGAAUGUGAAUACAUAAUCGUAUCGCUCAUUUUUUUGUUUGGGGACCUAACGCGCAAGAGCCAGAUCUAAAGUAAACUGCAGGCUCUGUGAAGGGAGUGACAUGCCCGAGGGGUCCCACUGGACUCUCCACAGCAGCCCAAUGGGAGAAGAGUCUCCUCGCUUGUCCACGGGCUCGUCCGUAGGGAGCCAUGACCCCUUGUCCUCUGGCGCCCCGGGUGACUGCUGUGGCCUCCCCUGCUCUGAGCACUCGGAAGACGAGCGUCCUGUGAGCCUGGUGUCCACCCUCUCGUCCGGCUCGUCCCGCGACGAGGGCCCGAGCGUCGGCUGCAGUGCUGCCACGACCCCCCUGUCCACCACGCCCUCGCACGCGCCCUCGGAGGAAGAGGAGGGGGAGCAGGACAUCGACCUUCACCUCAGCCCACCCUCAGAGGCUCACCCCAGGCAGCCCUCACUGCCAGGACUGCCCCCUGAGAACACAGGCUGGCAGGAGCUCCGGCAGGACACUGACCACGUCCACCUGUCGCCCCCCGCAGACGGACCUGCACCCAGGAAGCUCUCCCUGCCCGACUCGCCCGGGCACUCGCCAUUCGCCACUGUCGCCAUGGCGCCCAACCCCCAGCUCACCUACCUGGACCGCGUGGUCAUGGAGAUCAUUGAGACGGAACAGAUGUAUGUGCGGGACCUCUGCAGCAUAGUGGAGGAUUACUUGGCCCACAUCAUAGACACAGGCACUCUGGGUCCAGAGCAGGUCUCUGCCCUGUUUGGAAAUAUAGAGGACAUCUAUGAGUUCAAUGGGGAACUGUUGCAAGCCUUGUACAUGUGUGACAAUGACCCAGUGGCCAUAGCCAGAUGCUUUGUUGACAAGAGUGAAUAUUUUGCCAUCUACACCCAAUACUGCACAAACUACCCCAAUUCUGUGGCUGCUCUGACAGAGUGCAUGAGGAAUAAGAACUUAGCCAAGUUCUUCCGGGAGCGGCAGGCCUCCCUCAAGCUCUCCCUGCCUUUAGGCUCCUACCUCCUCAAGCCCGUCCAGAGGAUCCUCAAGUACCACCUCCUGCUCCAGGAGAUCGCCAAGCACUUUGGCUGUGAGGAGGAGGGCUACGAGGUGGUGGAGGAGGCCAUCGACACCAUGACUGGUGUGGCCUGGUACAUCAACGACAUGAAGAGGAAGCACGAACACGCCGUCAGGCUGCAGGAGAUUCAGUCGCUGCUGAUCAACUGGAAGGGACCGGACCUCACCACCUACGGGGAGCUUGUUCUGGAGGGAACCUUCCAUGUGCAUCGUGCCAAGAACACCAGAACCCUCUUCCUCUUCGACAAGAUCCUCCUCAUCACCAAGAAAAGGGGAGAGCACUACAUCUACAAGAACCACAUCUCGUGCUCCACGCUGAUGCUGAUUGAAAGUGCCAAGGACUGUCUGCGCUUCAGCGUCACCCACUACAAACACCCCAAGCAGCCGCAUACAGUCCAAGCCAAGACGCUGGAGGAGAAGAAACUGUGGGCUCAUCAUAUUAAGAGGCUCAUUCUGGAGAACCAUCAGGCGGUCAUCCCACAGAAGGCGAGAGAGGCCAUUCUGGAUAUGGACUCUAUUUAUCCUGUGAGGUACCGUUAUAGCCCCGAGCGCCUGAAGAAGCCUCUCUCCUCUCAGGGCGAAGACUUCACCGGAUUUGGCCGCCAAGAACGGAGGAGAUCAGAGCCAGCCAAGCAGAUCAAGAAGUCCACCAAAGCUGUUCUUAAGCACGCAGAGAGUGAGGGCACCCUGCUGGUGGACAGUGCAAGCGACAGGUGCUCACUGCAGCCAGCUACCAGCCUCAGCUCCCUGGCCUCCAGUCUAAGCGAGUCCCAGGCUCCGCCGAGGCCUUGUCUAGAAGACGGGCGCGAGGAGCUGGACUUGGGCAGAGAGUCCGAGGAGAAGCUUAGGGCCGAGGAGGAAAGGUCGGAGGACUCGCUGACACAGAAUGUUCCAGAAGUGGAGGUGGAACUGCGGGAGACACCGAAGAUGGAGGAGAAGGAGAAGAAGGAGGAGGAGGAGAGAGGGAGCGAGGAGAAGGAGGAGGAGAUUCUGAUGGUGGACGACCAGGUAGCCGACUUUGCCAGCUCAAUGCUGGCCGCCAUCUCCUGCUGGCACUAUAGGGCCCGGGCUUUGCUUUUCACUCGGUUCACAACGGAUGGGGAGGGCUGCACUGCUGUGGAGGAAGACCAGCCGGUCCCGGGAGAAGGGACCCAGACUGUCCCCGAGGAAGAGGCCUCUGAGCCAGCCGUGGAUGAGACGCUCAAUGACCAGAUCUUAGCAGCUCAGGACAGCACUGACCAGCAUGAGAGCCCCGUGGAGAACCGGAAGAACAUUCCCCGCAUCCACAUAGAGGAAUGCCCCGAACUACCACCCGGCUAUGGACGUCAGGGUGAAGUGGAGGAGUGUUUGAGGGAUGAGUCGGUUGUUGAUGAAGACGGGUUGGAUACGAGCACCAUGGGCCAGGAAGAGAAGAGUAGCUUCAACAGCGGGACAUUCUCCGAGGCUGAGGAAGAGGAGGAGGCAGUCGCCAUGGAGACAGAAGCCUCCAGCAGCAGCAUCCUCCCUCCAUCGGUACUGGACCAGGCGAGUGUGAUCAUCGAACGCUUCGCUGGCAGCCUCUCGCGGAGGAACAGCCUGGUGAUGGCUGGUGACCUUCCACUCACCGCUUCCCAACAGUCAGGGGUCCUGACCGGCUGCCCCCCACCCCUGGCCACCUCCCUCCAGAAGCCUGCGGCCUCUGAUCCGCCAACCCCGGCUCUGACAGUGGAGCAGGACCGGACACCCCAACGGCGUCAAGACUCGACACUGUCCAAGAGGGACCAGCUGCUGAUCCACAAGAUCCGGCACUACUACGAGCGCGCCGAGCACCAGGACGUGGGCUUCUGCAUCAAGCGGCGCGAGAGCCUCUCCUACAUCCCCGCAGGCCUGGUCCGCCACCUCAGCCGCCAGAUCGACGGCAGCCCCACGGACGAGGCCACCACCGCCGCGGCAGCGGCGAACAGGAAGGGAAGCCCCAGCGUGCGUCCAACUUCCUGGUCCGUAUUCAGUCUCCCCGGUUUGGACAAGAGGGACGAGGCGCCGAAGUCUUCGGCCAGCGCUAGAGCUGCAGCAUGCUUGGCUACUGAGGACAGAGGCUCCAAACGGAGAGCGGUCAGCGUCAGUGAUGAAGACUUCCACUCGCCCUCUCACAUCAUCCCAAUGUGGCAGGAUAUGGAGGCAGAGGUGAAUGGGGUGCGGGAGGAUCGACAGGCCAAUACAGAGACAGAGGAUGACCAGACUGGACACGACAUCCCAAUGCUUCACCACGUGAGCUUCCCCAGUCGGGAAUGCAGGCGUGCUGAGGACGGCGAGGCUUUGCGGAUCCAGGAGGAAUCUGACGUCAGCACGGUGGUGACCGACGCGUCCUCUGUCCCCUCCCCUCCUGUGUUUCUGUCCCCCACCAAAGAGGAGGCACCAGUGCUGGACCCCGAGACCAGGGGCUCAGACAGGCACCUCCAGACAGGCCAGCCACCGCGGGCGCCCCUGCCCAGAAUCAUCACCCUGCGCUCGGGCGCCGAGGAGGAGCAGAUCCUGCAGGAUGUGGAGAAGGUGAAGAACAAGGUGUUCCAGCUGGCCCGCCAGUACAGCCAGCGCAUCAAGAACAACCGGCCUGUGCUCAGAGCCAGGGCCAGGGAGACGGACAGCUACCUGACCCCCAAGAACCUGGCCUCUGUCCAGGAGGAGAGGAGUCCAGUGAGAGAGAAGGGCUCGGCCGGCCUCUUCCUCUCUCUCAGCUCCUACGAUCAGGUGACCAUUCAGGAGCUGAAGCUGCGGAGCCCGUCUCCCGGCGCCACCACCACCAGCUCAGCGGGCAGCUCCCGUGUCCAGUCCCCUAGUCCUGGCACCAGCACCAGCACUGGGCCGCCCCUGAGCCCCAGUGCCGUGGAGCCCUUCCCCUGGCCCGACGUCAGGGAGCUGCGCUCCAAAUACGCCCCCGGCCGGACCGGUGGCGCCAUCGGCAUCAGUCGCAGCCACUCAACCCCGGACAAGAUGAUGAUGAUGAUGAUGAUGAUGGCAGAGGAAGGGGAGGAGGGGGAGGGGGAGAGGUCUCGGACGUCACUGAGUCGCUCCAGCUCCAACUCCAGCGGCUGCUUCUCCCCGGAGCCAAGAGGCUCCCUGCCGGACAUCAGCUCUGUCGUUGCCGCCUCUGCCAGCGAUGUCCGCUACUGCAGCCUGGGCAGCGAUGUCCAGCUCGGCGUGGGCACUGCUGGGGAGAAGGAGAAGAAUGAAGGGGCUUGUGCCCCCAGGCUGUUCCGGGUGAACUCUCUGGAUCACGUCAUGGGUACACUGCAUACCAACCAGCAACAGCCACAGCAGCCGCAUCAGCAGCACAGCCUGACCAAGUCACACAAAGACACCCACAGAUGUGCAGGAGAGGGCAGGCUGACACAAGACAAUCGGGUGGUCGCCGCGGAAACGGUCAGCAUGCCCUUGACAGGACACCGGGGGGGAAAGGGUACCGAGACGAAAGAGGAGCAUGACCAAAAUCUCCUGAACGGGGGCUCUGAAGACAGUAGGUCAGCCCUGGAGCUGGAGGCCUGGAGGAGCCUGCGCCGGAGAGACUGGAGGACUUACGAGAGGCUGCAGAGUGCUCACCGGUACUCCACUGGCUCGCUCAGGAGACUGGACGGCAGCCAACACAGCCUGGUCAAGAACCUACGGGAGAAAUUCCAAAGCUUGAGCUCAUAUACAUAAAACUACACUUUAGACAUAUGGGGUUAUAUAUACUGUAUGUUCAACUGUCUGAUCACUGGCUUCGGCAUGCUCAAGGUGAGAGUAUCUAAGCACCUGAUGGGAAAUGGGAAUCGGUACUAUGUGUCAAUAAGACUUGAGUCUGUUAAACAGAUUGGCCAGUAACUAAACUGUUCAUUGCCAGAUUGGCAGCUAACUCUGGCGUGGUUUGGCCACAUAAGGGUCAGAUCUGCAUUAGACCAGGACUAAAUUGUCAUGGGAUUAGGACCAGAUUUGCACUAAAUCAGGGCCAGAUCUAUACUGCACCAGAACCAGAUCCAAACCGGAUCAGCAGGACCGGUUCUGCACCAGAUCUAGGCCAGAUCAGUGCCACUUUAGUUCCGGAGUUGGCUGCCAUGUCACGUAUGUCAUUGCUUGUGGUAACGUCAUAUACAUUACUAUGUGUCAUUUCUUAUCUUCUUAUUUCUGGACACAUCCUGCAGUAUCUGGGAAUCUGUUAAGGGAUACGUAGCAAUUAUGAGUUCUAUUUAACUUUUUUAAAGAAUAAGUCUUACAGAAACAGUUGUACAUUUGUUUAUACCUGUACUCUCUUUACUUUUUAUUCACUAAUGUGGAUAUUUAAAAUGUAUAUACGCUUAAAUAAUGAGGAAAAAAAUAUACCGUAUAUACAGUUUUCACUCAUCGGUCAGAGAAAAUGCAUCCUUUGUUGGAAGAGAUUGUUUUGUAUUCAGCUUUAACACGUCUGUACGUUGUAAUGUAAUAUGGGUUUGGGUCACAUAGCAACACCUUGCUGAUUGGAUGUCAGAUCUCCUUGUUGAACAGCUCUCUAAGGCCCAGUAGGCUCUCCAGUGCUGUGUGUAGAUGUGGACGUGCACUGAGACAUGACCAGAUUUUGGCAAUGGCUGACACAUUCCCCAGGUGUUGAUGGCCUCCUAUGACUUACGAGAUGGCAAAAAUAAUUGCCAACACUUUGUUUGACACAAAUCUUAAGGCGUUGGUUAAAUGACUCACCUAUGAAGAGAUGGAGAUGGAGAGGUGUCAUGUCAUAUCUGUUGAAGUAAGACUCUUUAAACAGACGCCUCUUUUCAUCAAGACAGAUUUCAUAACAUGGCUGCUUGUAUAGUGUGCUACUUUACACGUGUAAUGACAAAGGGACUUCUGGGUACUUUGGCAUAAUGGAUCAUGGUAUGGUCCUUUUCUUAGGCACAACCACAGGGACAAUCAGGGAGGGACAAUAGGUGACCACUUUUUAUUUAAGUUAUGUUUAUUCACCCAUAUUGAUGAAACCCAUGUUCAUGACUUAUAUGUUUCAGCCAGUCCUGGUGUUUUAAAUCCCCAUCCCUAGCACUAGAAGUCCACUUCAGUCCACAGUGGUUUGUUUGUCUGUUGUGUUUUGCCUUGUGCUACAGUUACUGUAUGCUUGCACGCACCUGCUAUGACAGUAAUUCCACCGUGGUUCUUAUGAGGAUCAGCUCAAAAGUUGCCAGGAUAUCAUCUCAAACGGCAAGCACAGUGAGAACGUGAGCAAGCUGUGCAUUGAAUGUUUUUUUGCCAUGCUGCAUCAGCAUGCGUCUUGUUUAGGCUCUCGCAGCUGCUGCACAUUCUGUCGGCUCGCCGAUCUGCUCACACACCCAGAGCUGGUCAGCACUGUCCAGAUGAUGUAAGAAGUGAAUCAGAUGGUAAUUUAACAUGCACCGUCUUCCCUAGUCAUGCAUGAAACAAGUCCAACCCUGAAACACAUUCUCCUCAGCAAGCUGCAAUAUCAACUGUCAACACUAUCAUCAUUAUCCUCAAAGCUACUAUCUGUGUAGUAUUUUAAAGAUGUCACCUGUGGUGUUGUUCCUCUCUAUUAAAUAAAUGUGGUUGAUCAAAUAAAGGCACUGUGUAACCCAGUA